AUGUUGAGGUUAGUGAAGUUUAUACUAAGCUCCGAUCUCUUAACACGUGUGAAUUAUACCCUUACUAUAAUAACACCUAUCAAAAUGAAUAUAUCUAUUGAGAAAAAAAGAAUGGAUUGUCCUGCCUUGCCCAAGGGAUGGCAAAGGGAAGAAGUGAUAAGAAAAAGUGGACUCUCAGCUGGAAAAGUAGAUGUAUAUUACUAUAGCCCAACAGGUAAAAAGUUCCGCAGUAAACCAGAACUAGUUCGUUAUCUUGGUGAUAGUACGGACCUGUCAUGUUUCGACUUUCAGCAAGGUCAAAUAAACACCAUGCUGCUGUGCAAGGCCAAGAAAGCACGUGCGCAGUUUGAUUACAGAGGUGUUCGGUCCGACGCAUCAUUGGUGCCACCUAUUCGUCAAACAGCUUCAAUUUUCAAGCAACCAGUUACAGUAUACAAGACGCAAGAGAGUAAAGUGAAAACAGAUUUGAAGCAUGGUACACAGGAAAAGCCUAAACAACUUUUUUGGGAAAAAAGGCUUGAGGGUCUUACAGCAUGUGACGCUAAUGGUGUUAUUGGUACCACUUCACUACCAAGAUACAUAAAACCUUUGGGUCCCUAUACAUCAGAUGCAACUACAAUUCAGUCUCUAGCAACAGCACUACAUGUUUCAUCUCAACCAAUAACAGGACAAACUGGAGCAAAACAAACAAUAUUGGAAAACCCAGGAGUUUUUUUAAACCCAGAACAGCCAUUGAUAGCAGCCGUAACAAUAACUAAGGAGGAUGUUAAGAGACAAGAAGAUAGGGUGAAGCGAGCUCGCCUGCGGUUGCGAGAGGCGUUGGCGGUCGCAUAG